GUGGGCGUGAGGGCGAGGACGGAGGGAAGGUCGCGGCGGCUGAGGCGGCGCCUUUCCCGCCUGGGCCUGUCUGAGGGGGCCGCCGUCGCCGCCUCCGCCUCCAUGGCCGGGGUGGUGCGCUCCCUGGGCCGCUGCCUGUGGCCGGCGGGAGGCGACCCCGGGGUCGAGGCGGCGGCCGGGCCGGUGGAGCCGGGCAAGGAAGGCGGCCUUCCCCGGUCGUCCCCGCCGCCGCCGCCGCCGCCUCUUUCUCUCCGCCGCCGGGAGCUGGAGCGCGAGGCGCGUCGGCGGAGCCGCGAGAUCGACGCGCUGCUGGCCCGCGAGCGCCGCGCCGUCCGCCGCCUGGUGCGGAUCCUGCUGCUGGGCGCCGGCGAGAGCGGCAAGUCGACCUUCCUCAAGCAGAUGCGCAUCAUCCACGGCCGCGAGUUCGACCAGAAGGCGCUGCUCGAGUUCCGAGCCACCAUCUACGAGAACGUCGUGAAGGGCUGCAGGGUUCUAGUCGAUGCACGCGACAAACUGGGCAUUCCUUGGCAGUACGCGGAAAAUGAGAAACAUGCCAUGUUCCUAAUGGCCUUCGAAAAUAAAGCGGGCAUGUUCAUUGAACCCUCCAUGUUCCAGUUGUAUGUACCAGCUCUGACCGGCCUGUGGAGGGAUUCUGGGAUCAAGGAAGCUUUUAGCCGUCGAAGUGAAUACCAGCUGGGUGAAUCAGUAAAAUAUUUCCUGGAUAAUCUGGAUCGGAUUGGCCAGUUGAAUUAUUUCCCCAGUAAACAAGACAUCUUGCUGGCUAGAAAAGCGACCAAAGGAAUCGUGGAGCACGACUUCAUCAUUAAGAAGAUCCCUUUCAAAAUGGUGGACGUGGGCGGGCAGAGGUCUCAGCGCCAGAAGUGGUUCCAGUGCUUCGACGGCAUCACGUCCAUCCUGUUCAUGGUCUCCUCCAGCGAAUACGACCAGGUCCUGAUGGAAGACCGCCGCACCAACAGACUGGUGGAGUCCAUGAACAUCUUUGAGACCAUCGUCAACAACAAGCUCUUCUUCAACGUCUCCAUCAUCCUGUUCCUGAACAAAAUGGACCUCCUGGUGGACAAAGUCAAGACAGUCAGCAUCAAGAAGUAUUUCUCGGACUUCAGGGGCGACCCUCACCGUCUGGAAGAUGUCCAGCGCUACCUGGUACAAUGCUUCGACCGGAAGAGGCGGAAUCGCAGCAAGCCCCUUUUCCAUCACUUCACCACCGCCAUCGACACCGAGAACAUCCGCUUUGUCUUCCACGCGGUGAAGGACACCAUCCUCCAGGAGAACCUUAAGGAUAUAAUGUUGCAGUGAGCGAAAACGGAAUUCUCUCUAGGGAAACCUAACCCCCUUGUAGGCCGACCUCUCAUCACCACUUGGGUGUCUUUUCUCCGAAGAUCCCUGCCGUGCCUUGAGUCAGGAAAGCCGAGAAGCAGAAGAAUUGCAAAAGUUUUAAGCGAGCUUCUGCAUCGCUCCUCAACUAAGAACACAACUGCAUGAUGUAUUUCCUCUCGGCUUUUGAAAAGCCAAAAGUUGCAGGGACAACAAAAGCGUCUGUGUGAAUUAACCUUAUCCUGCAAAAGUGCCAGAACAUGCUGGCUUCCAUACCUGUCAGCCUUAACUAGUUUUGGGUGCUGAAAUAAUGAAUUUGGUGAUAUAUUUCAUUUCUUUACCGAGGGUUCUUUUUAAGAGAAUACAUGGUCAUAAUUCCAAGGCCAGUGUAGGAGCCAGGUGUGUAUCCAGAGGUUUGCCAACAUUCAGGUUGCAUUUGCCAACUGGCUAUCUUAGCUCUUGUUUAAGGAAUCUGUCCUCAGCUUUCCUCAUGUAGAAAACCCAGGGUUUUCAACUGAAUUUUAGACGGUAAUACAAGCAAAAAAAACCAAAACACCAUAUAUAUUUUUUAGCAAGAUGUAUAAAGCAGGUUAGAUAUCCAAAGCCUAGGUCGGAAGAACAUAGCUUUGUAUGAGAUUGUUACUGCUUGGUGAGGCACAGCUUCAGCAGGUAGUAGUGAAAAUACACACUUCGUGGUUUGGUAAAACAUCUUUGGUGCUGUUUAAAAUUAGAUCUGUAUUUAAAAAGAAGUUCCCUCACUGCCACAGAGUUUCCUGUCUAAUAUGAAAGUUAACCCAGUUUUUAGAAAGGUCUUAGCAAGGAUCAACUGGCCAUAGCCUGGUCGUGAAUUGCUGUUUAAAAAAAAUAUAUAUCAGUGUUUUGGAGCCACUGAGUUUGGACUAAAGCAGGAGUCUCCAAACUUGGCAACUUUAAGACUUGUGGACUUCAACUCCCAGAGUUCCUCAGCGUGGCUGAGGAAUUCUGGGAGUUGAAAUCUACAAGUCUUAAAGUUGCCAAGUUUGGAGACCCCUGGACUAAAGGGUCUUGCUUUGAGUUUAUUCUUUAUUAUAUAGGGGCUUACCAAUGUAUGUCAUGAUGCAUUAAAAAAAACAAAACCAUAAGCCCGACAUGUGUAAUUUGCCCCUUUAAGGCUAGAAUGUGUGAAUUUGCAGAAGGCUGUGAAUAACAUUGAUGUGAGCUUAUUAUUAUUUUUUUUCCUCCAUUCUAAAACGUUUAUAUUUAACUAAGGGUGCCUUUCUUUUGUGUACAGACAGUUCACACUUUUGUCUACUCUGAGGUUAUGUAUUAAUCAAACUGAAGUCCUGCCUUAUCCAUCCUACAAUCAUUAUUCAGGGAUAAUCUUAAGCACGAGAAACGUUUACUGUGACUUUGGUACCAUAUUUUGUAAUAAAACAAAGGGCUUUGCCUCUCCUGCUAUUAUCGCCUCUGAAUGUCGUGGACAAUCAAAUGCAAGGCAAUUGUCUAGGCGCUGAGAGCACAAUAACCAGUUUAAAAAUCUUUCGUGACUUCCAGUUAGGGGAAUUCUAAGAUUUAUUCCCCACCCCCACCCCCUGAGUGUAGAUCACUCAGAUUUACACCCGGCGUGUUUCUGGUGUGAUGUCCCCCAUUUUGGUAGUAUAUUUUGUGCAAAACCAAGCUGUUUCUGAGAAGAGGGGUUAAAUUUGUUUCCAGUUUUGAAGUAAAAGUAGACAGACCUGAAUCAUUAAAAGCCACAGACUUCUGUUUCGGAGGCUGCUUUUUUUAAGGUCUUACCUACGGGCACACCUGGAAGCAGUUAACAUCUGGAAUCCGUUAUUUUUACCGUUUCUACAUAAGAUGUUGCCUUUUGCCAAGAAUCUUGAGUUUUGCAAGCUCUAAAACGGUUGUCUGGUGGGAAAAAAAAGGGAAACGCAUCUUAAGUUUGAUGGUCAGUUGGACUUUAUUUUAUCAUUAGCGCUAAUGCUGUAUUUAUCCUUUGGAAAUUCUAAAGCGGCCCAGGGACUUCCGAUAUAGUUCUCAAAGAGUAGUCGUGCCAUGGGGAAGGGCUCAAACUCUAUGAAGUUCAGAAACAUCUUAUGGCACAUACGUCCAUACUUUAAUAAUUGAUUUCUUUGCCAGGGGUUUCUUCUGUGUUGAUGAAAAUCGGCCUAUCCAGUAACAUCACUUCUAAAACUGACUCCAGUAGCAGCACACAACCUCUUUAGAAGUAGUACUUAAAACCUGAAUUAAGCCACCAGUGUUUAUCAAGACUUACUUUUUAUCCUUUUUUUUUCUAUUGUAGAAGCAUGCCUUGCCGAAUGUAUUAUACAGCUCUACAUUUCUUCGAUAAUCAAGUAACAAUUGUCUUGUGGUAUAACAGAGCUCCUUACCGAGAGAAACAAAUAAAAGUUUCGAUUGCCAGAUAAAACUUCAAUUGUCUAAUCCACCCAGUGGCUCUUGCAGGCGGUUUAUAUUGCUUUUAGGACGUGGUUUAAGAUUUUUACUCCUUCGCCUUACCGUUGUAAGCUUAUUCUCAUGACCCUAACCAUCUUCUUAAGGACUGUAAUUGACAUUUAAUAUCUAAACUCAUUUUUUGUGGUUGCCACAUUAUUUGUAUACCAGCCAGUCUUUAUUUAUUACGUUUCACCGUAAAGGCCAGCUCUAAUUCUCCGUGCUAGCUCAGUCCUAAAAAUCUAUAUUGUACAGCACUUGCAUAUAUAAUAACAUAAGCACAUCUAUUCGGCCAUGUUUACGCUGCUGUAUAUUGUUCGGUUAACAGCCUCUUUAUUUUGUAACCCAGUGCAGAAAUAUUACAUGAUCUUUAGCCAUCUAAGCCCUGUUUCUGUGGGUUUUGUUUUAUUUUCUUUUUUUCUGACAGCCACAACGCUUUUUAAUCUAAUUGCCUUCAUUGCAGCCCCUGCCCCAGAUUGUUCUCUUCCAAGCACACUUGGAAAAAGGAAGGGGGGGGGGUCGGGGAAACAGAUUUGAAGACAGAGCAUUUGAUUGUAACGGUGCCGACUAGCCAGGAAACGGGUCGUAUAUAAGACAAUUGACUUUGAAUUUAUACUUUUGCGUGUUGUGUUCCAGUUGAAUAGCCUGGAGCGAGUUGUACAGUUUGUCCUUUGUCCGAAGAAGCCUCCGUUAAGGCUUGUAGUUCUGUGUAACUUCCAUCAUCUUGGCCAGGGACCAAGGGGGAAUUCAGUGUCGUGUCAGUCCUACAAUGUAGACACAUCCACAUCUAGCCGGUUUUACAUCAGAAUUGGUUUCCUGUGAAGCUUUCAAGAAGAAUGGUUUUGGAAAAGAUGAGAAGGUUGUGGUCUUGUGUGUUUUGUUUUUCUUCGCAAAACCGUAGUUGCAAGAAGUCUGUGGCUUCAGCUUUCUCAUUUAUUAUGUCAGCCAUCCGCAGGCGUUUUGUUGGAACUGCCCACAGGUAGUCCUCGAUUUACCAAAUGGUUCACUUAGGGACUGUUCCAAGUUAGUGCCACUGAAAAAAGUGACUUAUGACUCUUUUUUCGCACUUACAACCGUUGCAGCCUCCCGGUGGGUCACGUGAUCAAAAUUCAAACCCUUGGCAACAGGUUCAUAUUUAUGACGGUGGCAGCCUCCAAGGGUCACGUGAUCCCCUUUUUGCGACCGACGUUCCGACGAGCAAAGUCAACAGGGAAGCCAGAUUCACUUAAACACUGGGUUGCUAACUUGAACGACUGCAAUGGUUCGCUCAAUAACUGUGGCACGAAAGAUCUUAAAAUGAGGCAAAGCUCACUUACCGAUUGUUUCACUUAGCAACGGAGAUGUUAGGCUCGAUUGUGGUCGUAAGUCAAGGACUACCUGUAAAAAGAUCUUGGCUAUAGUAAAAGUCUGUUAAGCUUCCUGAAAGUGAAUGUGGUGUAUCCUUUGAGAAGGGCACACUUAACCACCGUGGCCACUUUUAAAGCAGUAUUUUACAAUCUUAGUAACUUUAAGAAAUCUGGACUUCAACUGCCAGAAUUCCCCAGCCAGCUUUUCCUUUUCAAGAAGCUUCAGAUGGUUCAUCAGCCCUCAAACAUUUAUUAGAUGAAAAUUAUUUACUGCUCCCAAUUAAUGGUACUGUCACUAACGAUAGCAAUUAAUCAGCGAAAUAACUUGCCUCUUAGAGUUGUGGAGAGCUCUCUUCUAUCAGCGGAGAUUUUUGAAAAUAGACGGGACAGUGAUUUGACUGGGAUAUGGCUAUAAGGGUUAGACUAGAAGACCUCCAAAGUCCCUUCCCAGCCCUAUGACUGUAUAAUUCUAUGACUAUUAUAUUAACAUUGAUCUCUUAGACCAGCCCAUGUGCCUCUGCGGUCAACACUGACCGCUUUGGAGAAACCCAGACCAACGAAAGGUGUUUCUGAGUCUUCAGCCUCAAACAGCAUCCUACCUUAAGAACUUGUAUGAAUAUUGGGGUGGGGAGGGUUGGGGGGGACAGACAGACAGGGGUUCAAGCCUUGAUUUUCUAAACUCAACCUAGUCCAAACGUGUCGUCCUCAAAUUGAAACGGUUGUACCGCAACCGCUGUCGCUAUCUGGAAUUGUCUGCGCUUUUCAAUCGUUCUUAUUUUAUGCACCUCGUCGAAAAGGGAAAUCUCUUGACUUUUUGUGGCCUCUUUUACAGCGAUGCUGUCUUUUCAUGAAAGUUGUGUUAUUAAAAUACCGCAGUGUAAAAAAAAAUGUAACGGCUUUCGUUUUGAAUCGGCUGUUUUGUACAUAGGAAUUUUGUAAAUGCAUUAAAAUGUGAUUUGUUAUUACUGUG